AUGAAGAAUGCUUUAACAUUUUAAAUGAAUAAACUUACUCCUGCUUUUCCAAAUUAGGUAAUUUAAUGGUUACAUAAUGGUCUAGUCAUGGUAUUAUUUUGUGGGACAGUUCCAACAUUUACGACUUAAGACGCUUAUAAAUAAUUCACGACAUCUAUUUGUUCAGAAUAUUUUCUUUUCCAAUUAGCAAGAACUUCUAGCUCUUAUAACAGAUGACCAAGAACUGAUGAAAACCUGGAAAUUGACAUAUAUAAUUCAUGCAAACAUUAAUGUUAAUGAAUAAACCACUAUCAAUUCAGAGUUCGGUGACAUAGUCUGCAUAGCUAUCUCUGAAGAUGAUUGUUAAAUUGCUUAUAUUGAGAUUAGAGAACCAAAGAGUAUUCAUAUAUAUGAUAAAGAAAAAGGAGUCAUAUUAAAAAAACUGAAUCAUUCUCAAUAAAUUUUGUCAAUUGAAUUAUUUAGCAAUGGAUAAUUACUUUAUCAAGAAGCUAAGUUGAAUCCAUCAAGGUUUGGCAUUUAAAUCAGGUUAAAUUUGUAUCGCUUUGAGGAUUUAAUAUUAUCCAAAUUUAUUAGAUGA